AAUUAUCCGGAUCCAAUUAUCCAAACAUUUCCAAAAUUUUUGAAGAAAAUCCAUUUUCCAUCUUUUUAAUUGAUCACAUUGCCUCUGACCCGCUAGGCGCCAGGUAUUCAUUCAGACCUGAAAAUCCAGGAAGAAUUCGGAUCACAACAACUCACAGGAAUGGGCCAAAACACAGGCACCAAAGGUAAGCGUAAGAGGGAAGAGGUUGUCAAAGAGGAGGAAAAAGAAAAAGAAGAAGUUCAAGAGGAGCAGGAUGUCUUGUCCGUCCAUUCCCCUUGCAAAUCUCUACCUUCAUCUCUCUCCAAGGAGCAGCUGGAAGUGGAACUGGAGCUGAGGGUGUUAGAAGCUCUUGAAAUUUAUCAUCCUGCGAAAUUACAAGGAAUCCAUCGUCACUUUGUCCUUUAUGGCUUAACAGAAUAUCUGAGGAGAAGUUUUAAUAAGCACUUCAGUGCUGAUGAAGUUCUGAAGCUGUUGGAUCGCUUCUACAACUUGGAAAUGCUGGAGGCAGAUGAUGAUGUAGAAAUUCUGAACCAGGAGGAAGAUUUUUGUCUGCCACCGAGUUUUUUCUCUAAGGAAGAAUCUUAACUGACCAAAGGCGAAGAACUGAAUAAUGGUAGGUCUGAAGUCCAAGUGAAUAGUAGCAGGACCAAGUUUUUUAUCUUUUGUUCUCCAGUAAGGUUAUCAACAUAUCAUACUGUGUAGAUAAGUUGAAGUAUGGAUUUGCAGAGACCCUACCAGUGUUAAUUUUUGCUGUAGUUCUUAUUAAUAUGGCUUUGUUUUGAAGCCAUGCUCUGUCUCAAAAAGAACAGAAUUAAGUUACCUUUAGAUUCCUCUGAUCUGCUCUUUUUGUUUUUCUCUAAUAUGG